AUGUCUGACGACGAAGAGCUCUCCGUCUACGACGAGAUCGAGAUCGAAGACAUGACCUACGACGCCGACCGCGAACUAUACACCUAUCCCUGCCCCUGUGGCGACCGCUUCGAGAUUUCUUUGUUUGACCUUCGCGAUGAGGCCGAUAUCGCUGUCUGCCCUAGCUGCAGCCUCAUGAUUCGGGACGACCUCCCACCCGAGCCCAAUACCUCCGGCGCCGCGCCCACUUCCGUCACGGCUUAG